AUGCCUGAUGAAGAAAUUGAGGCAAAUAUUAUAACAAUAAUUUCAUCAUUAUGUCAACAAAGAAAUCCAGCAUUGGGGCCAUUUAUUAAUAGAGCCGCUUUGAUGACCUUACCUGGAAAAACUUUUUAUUCAAUUAAUAUUAAUGAAUGGUUACCUGUUCCAACAGAAGUCGAAAUUAGAAAGGUCUCGUUUAAAAAUUUUAUUUUUACUCAAGAAGUUGAAGAUCCGAAUACGGUCAUGACAACCCUAAUUAAAAAAUGA